UCUCGCGAAAAAGUUGCCAGACUAUUUCGGAUUUUUCGAAACGUGUAAGAAAAUUCAGAGCCCUGAUCCGAGAAAAUGAUGCUAAAUUUCACAUUUAGCCUCAUCUGAACGACUCUAGUUCAUAUUUUCUUGGAGUUGAAACUCUCGGCAGCUGAAUUUUCUAGGGGUUUCAGUUCCAAUCUGCGGUAAAAGCUUCCACAUUAUCCAGAAAUCGAAGGUGGAGUCAAAUCCGUAAUUCUUCUGAGGAUUUAUUUCCUUUUCUGAAGAUUUCACAGGCAUGAAAAGCCAAAAUUUUCUGAGGGUUUCCUAUGUCUGUUUAGGGUUUUGAUUUGUUGUUAGAUUUUGUAGGGGAAAAUCCUGAAAACUUUGAAGUCUGGGUUUACAUUGUGAAGAAUUGUACAUUGGGUGUUAGUUGAUGUUGUGUUUUAAGGUUUGAACAAUUGGUGCUAGGGUUUUAAGAUUUCACUUAACAUAGGGUACACUGAUUUGGACACAAAUUGCAAAAAUGUCGAUUGCCAGUGUCUCUGUUAGUCCAGUCUGUGAAGACUCUCCAAAUUUUCCAUGUUAUUUUACCGACCGAUGUAGUCCAUGCCUGAGCAAUUCAAUCUUGAUAUACUUAACUGAUGGUGGGUCUGUGAUUCCCAUGCAUGUUUUAGAGUCAGAUUCAAUCGCUUCUGUGAAGCGGAGAAUCCAGACCUUCAAAGGGUCUUUUGUGAAAAUGCAGAAACUGGUUUUUGAAGGGAGAGAAUUGGCUCGGAACAAUUCUCGUGUCCAGGACUAUGGAGUCACUGAUGGGAAUGUACUUCAUUUGGUGCUGAGGCUUCCUGAUCACCAAGCUAUUACAGUUAGAACCGUGUGUGGAAAGGAGCUUGAGUUUCAUGUUGAGAGGAGUAGGAAUGUGGGGUAUGUGAAGCAGCAGAUUGCUAAGACAGGAAAAGGUUUUUUUGAUCUCAAGGACCAGGAGCUGACCUGUGAUGGUGAGGAGCUUGAAGAUCAGAGACUCAUACAUGAUAUCUGUAAAAAAAAUGAUGUUGUGAUUCAUUUGCUGAUCUGUAGGUCUGCAAAAGUAAGGACUAAACCCAUUAAGAAAGAUUUCAAAGUGUCCAUUGUGGCAUCUGAUUUGAGUGAUAAGAGGGAUGAUGUAGUUGAUAAAGAAGAAUACCAGUGGAGGACACAAUCUAAGGAACCAGAGGUUGUAGAUAGGAAGUCAUUGCAAAGUGAUGUCCUCCUGGAACCCUUGAUUGUUAAUCCCAACAUUGAACUGUCAUCAGUGGUGAAAGAGAUAAUUACCUCUACGAUCGAUGGGUUAAACAGAGGCAAUCAACCAAUUAGGUCUUCAGAAGGAUCAGGAGGAGUUUAUUUUAUGCAAGACUCAUCUGGUCUGAAGCAUAUUUCUGUAUUUAAGCCAAUUGAUGAGGAGCCUAUGGCUGUGAAUAAUCCACAUGGGCUACCCUUGUCAAUGGAUGGUGAGGGACUGAAGAAGGGCACACGAGUAGGAGAAGGGGCAUUGAGAGAGGUUGCUGCAUACAUUUUGGAUCACCCAAGAAGUGGACCUCACUCAUUUUGUAACAAGAAGGGCUUUGCUGGGGUUCCACCUACAAUCAUGGUCAAGUGCUUGCAUGGGGGAUUCAACCAUCCAGAAGGGUAUGAAUAUUCACCUAAGAAUAUCAAGAUUGGUUCAUUGCAGAUGUUCAUGAAGAACCAAGGAAGCUGUGAGGACAUGGGCCCUCGUGCAUUUCCAGUGGAUGAGGUGCACAAGAUCACCGUGUUGGAUAUAAGGUUGGCGAAUGCAGAUAGACAUGCUGGGAACAUUUUGGUUAGCAAAGAGGGUGAAGGUCAGCUUGUGCUUAUUCCAAUUGAUCAUGGAUACUGUUUGCCUGAGAAUUUUGAGGAUUGCACAUUCGACUGGCUCUACUGGCCUCAAGCAAAAAUCCCAUACUCUCCAGAUACCAUUGACUACAUAAGAUCACUUGAUGCAGAAAAAGAUAUUGAACUUCUGAAGUUUCAUGGGUGGAAUUUGCCACUUGAGUGUGCUCGCACCCUUCGCAUUUCUACCAUGCUUCUGAAGAAAGGUGCUGAGAGAGGACUGACUCCUUUCAUCAUUGGAAGCAUAAUGUGCAGGGAGACCUUGAAGAAGGAAUCCGUGAUGGAGCAGAUAGUCCAAGAAGCACAAGAGUCUGUGCUUCCUGGAACUAGCGAAGCUGCAUUCCUUGAAGCUGUCUCUAUGAUCAUGGAUCGCCACCUUGAUGAGCUGUCUCCAUAAGGCGAGGAAAACAUGGGCACCAACUACCUACUAUGCAUACAUAUAAUAGGGAUAAUGAAUGAUGAUGCUCCAUCUUUCUUAGGAUAAUGAGGAUGGGCAAGAGGGGACUUCAUGUCUCUGUCACCUUUCUCAUUUUGUUCAUACCUUUGAGCUUUUAUGUAGAAAAAUCUCUCACCCACCUGGAAAUAUCAAGUGGUUGGACAGAAAAACCCGGAUAUUCUAAUUGCAGUCUAGUACCUAACAACAAUAAUAAAUAUUUGUUUUUAUACUUAAUGGGAGUA